AUGACAUCUUUCGAACAAAAUGUGAAAGCUACGUGCCGAAUGAAUCGGCGCCAGUGUGGCGAAAAGGCAUUAAGAAAACGAAUAAAAAGAACUGGUAAAACGGUUUAUAAGCACGUGCCUCACAGCGAGAAGCCGCCACAUCUCGUUGCCAGGAGAAACGCACGUGAGAGACGGCGCGUUGAAACGGUAAACAACGCGUUUCUAAGGCUAAGAAAACAUGUACCGAUGGAUAUAAAACACAAACGCCUGUCAAAAGUUAAAACGCUUCGGUACGCCAUUGAUUAUAUAAAGCGUUUGACAGCCAUGAUUGAUAAUCAUGACAAACAUUUUGGAGCACCUUGUUGCAAUUUUGGACGUUCUGUUUCCAUGGUUACCCCAAACGCCGAGGAACGCGGAAGGCUGAUCUACAAAGCACGUGACAUUAACACGGAAGUGACGUCGUAUGGAUGGUUUUCUUCUCCGUGA